ACUUGUUGCUGUAAACGGUCACAGACAACGACAUUUCCAGGCAGCCUUCAUUUCUACAGAGACACCUGAACGCAGCAACCAGAGGAAUGAAUUGACUGGUUGAGAAGGACGAUGAAAACAAAAAUGGAAAUCGAUCGAAAAUAACAUAGUUGUCUUGUCAGACCUCUCACUGGCACUUCACAAAGAACCUGAGGGGAGAAAAGUGAGAGGCCACAGUUCAGAACCAUGGAGGCUCGAUUUGGUAAUAUUGUGUUCAGCUCCAAGUUUGACUCAGGGAACCUGGCACGUGUGGAGAAAGUGGAGAAGGGCAGCUCCAGCCCUCCUACCGAUACAGCUCCCAGUGGGAGUGGCCCCCCAGGUUCAAACCUGACCCCUGACUAUGAGUUCAAUGUGUGGACGCAGCCAGACUGCGGUGGCACAGAACAUGAGAAUGGAAACAGAUCAUGGUUUUACUUCAGUGUGCGAGGUGCAGCACCUGGGAAAAUAGUGAAGAUCAAUGUGAUGAACAUGAACAACCAGAGGAAGCUCUACAGCCAGGGCAUGGCUCCUCUCGUACGCACUUUACCUGGCAAGAACCGAUGGGAAAGGGUCCGGGACAGACCCUCAUCUGAGAUUGUGGAUAACCAGUUCAUCCUCUCAUUCACACACCGGCUGCUGGAGGUGCGAGGGGCGACCACCUACUUCUCCUUCUGCUACCCGUUCUCUUAUAGUGAGUGCCAGGAGAUACUGGAGCAGUUUGACAAGAGCUACCCCAAUGUUGCUCAACUAAGUCCAAGCAGUGCACCAGGCAGUGUGUAUUACCAUAGGGAGUUGCUGUGCAACUCUCUAGAUGGCAACAGGGUGGACCUGCUCACUGUGACCAACUGCAGCGGGAUGCAAGAAGAGCGAGAACCACGUCUGCCUAAGCUGUUUCCCGACACCAACACUCCAAGAGCACACCGCUUCCCUGGCAAAAGGGUGUUUUUCCUCAGCAGUCGAGUGCACCCCGGGGAGACUCCGUCAUCCUUUGUGUUUAACGGUUUCCUCAACUUCAUUCUAAGAAGAGAUGACCCUCGUGCUCAUGCGCUUCGAAACAUGUUUGUGUUCAAGCUCAUUCCCAUGCUCAACCCAGAUGGGGUUAUUCGUGGGCACUACAGGACUGAUUCCAGGGGUGUGAACUUAAACAGACAAUACCUGAACCCCAGCCCUGAGCUGCACCCUUCCAUCUAUGCAGCCAAAACACUGUUGCUCUACCACCACACACACAACCGCCUGCACAAUCCACAGUCCAGCACUCACUGUAACAGCUCCACACACACACAGACCACUCCCCUUAACAGCAAACCCACCAAUCAGUCUCCCCCUUUCACCGCCCUUGAAGUCAGCUUGAACCAACGAAAUGCAGAGAAGGAUACAAAUCCCGACCUGCCAGAAGUUCCCAUGGUGACGGAGGAAAACGUCUGGGUAACCACAGAGAUGGGGAAGGGGGACCAGAAAAGCUCAUCGAGUUCCCCAGAGGCUGUAGCUCCUGUUACUGUAGAGGUUACAGUACCACAGGAGGAGGAACAGGAAUUAAUUCCACCCCAGGAGGGAGGUGUGGCUUAUUACGUGGACUUGCACGGCCACGCCUCUAAACGUGGAUGCUUCAUGUACGGAAAUAACCUACCUGAUGAGAGCCAGCAGGUGGAGAACAUGCUGUAUCCGAGGCUGAUCGCUGUGAACUCUGCCCACUUUGAUUUCCUGGGUUGUAACUUCUCUGAAAAAAACAUGUAUGCCCGAGACAAGAGGGAUGGCCAGUCUAAAGAAGGCAGCGGGCGGGUGGCUAUUCAUAAGGCCAUCGGGCUGCUUCACAGCUACACUUUAGAAUGCAACUAUAACACAGGAAAAUCUAUGAACACCAUCCCUCCUGCUUGCCAUGACAACGGACGGGCAACCCCACCUCCACCUCCAUCAUUCCCUCCAAAAUACACUCCAGAAAUAUUUGAGCAGGUGGGGCGUGCCGUGGCUGUCUCUGCCCUGGAUAUGGCAGAGUGUAACCCCUGGCCACGGCUGGUGCUGUCUGAGCACAGUUGCCUGACAAACCUUCGAGCUUGGAUCCUCAAGCACGUCCGCAACACCAAAGGCCUGAACGCAAAUAUCCAUUCUCAUCCUCCGCUAAGAAUACACCACAAUGGCAGCAAGGCGUCCCCGCCAAAGAGCUUCAACAACUGUCUGUCGGGCUCAGCGUCAGAGAACACCCUCAGUCGCGUUCGUUGCAACAGCCACAGCAGCAGCAGCCAGACACCCUCCCCGAAGAUGCACAGCUCGCCGAGCUUUACUUUUGGCUGUCCCCCACCCCGAACUCACACACAGCACAACAGCACGCACGCCAGCGGACGUGGAGGCAACAAGACACUUGGGCCAGUCAGGGACCCUAAGCCUCAGGAGAAGAGACGCCCCCCCCACCACCGCUCCAUCCUACGGUCUCCCAGCAACAGCCACACUCCUUCCCGUCCCCCACUCUCACCCCCUUCCUCCUCCUCCUCCUCGUCUUCCUCAGUGUGUGCAGCGGGCUCCUGUCCCCUCCCGGCCUCCGUUAGUAUGACAGGCCUCAGCUGUCCAGACAUUCAGGCUGGUGGACCCAGUUCAGCGAGUUGGCCCAGAAUGCCUUUCCCCACGCGUCCUGGGCGUGUGGGGAGAGGCACGCAGAACACUUUCAGAGGGUGCAGAACACUUUCAAUCACUCAUCACCCUGCAGAGGCUCGCACAGAGGCUGCUACAGACUCGGGGCCUGAACACAUCCUUUCCUCCAUCAAAUGUAGCAAGUGUGAGCUGCAAACUCAUAUGAGCCGCAUCCCCAUCCGGCGGGCGGCGUCAACUCAAACACCUACACAUGACAGUAAAACAUCCCCUACCAGCAAUAACCCAGUCGUGUCCGGAGAUAAGGAUGCGUCGGCCACCAUGAAGGUCUGGAAGCUGCUUAGACCUGGCCUCCAUCGCCACCUGUCACUGUCAGGUGAAUCUGGGAAAGAGGGAGUCAUACAGUUGGCCUCUAAAGCACUAAUCAAGAAGAGCACAGACAGGAGUCUCCAAUACAAAGGAAAUACUAUUAUAGAAACCGCAACAGAGAAGGAUGAAACUUUGCAACAGGUUGAGGAAACUCCAAUGAUGCCUCUGCCUGAGUCAGUGAACAUGUGUGAGACAGUGACCUUGUGUGGGGAAGCCUAGGAACUGCACAGAAGAGAAGAUAAUUGUGUAUGUGUCUGUGUUUGCUGUAUGUGAGUCUGAAUAACCACAUUGUGAUCAAAAGCAUUUAAAACUAGCAAAUAGGAGGGGCCAUUUGUCAUCACAAGGAUUAUUUAAGGUAUCUUAAUGUGCAAUACAACAUGUUUAACAUUAUUUAUUCAGAUUUUCCACAGCAUGUUUGGUGUUUACAACCAAUGCUAUUUCAACAGUCAGACUUACUGUAGGAGCUGUCCAGUACAACUACUGAGCAGCUUUACUGGAGCAUGUUGGGGGGGUAAAGUGCCUUGCUCAAUAAAACCACUACAGUGGCUGAGGUAAGGGAGAGGUACAAACUUUCCAACCAAUUAAGAAUCCAGACUUGAAAUCUGUUAACAUUUCAGCUAACCAUCAUUGUACCUCAUAUCAGUUUUUGUAAUUGUAGUCCUUUCCUCUGCUGUCCUCUCCUAAAAAGAUGUUAAAUGCACUCUGACCAACACUUAUGCACUGAAGUAUUUUCACAACCACUUGUACUAUUACAGUAAAGGGUUGAUUCUUACAGAUUGAUGAGCACGGCAGCACCUUUAUAACCUCAUUUCCAUCGUGAAGUUGGACACUAAUGUGUGAGUGAAGUGAGUGUAUUUAAUCUAGAAAUUCCCAACGUUCUUUGCAUAUAGUGCCCAUAAUAGGUAUUCACAUCCUGUUGGACUUGUUUUACACUGAAGCAAGUUGGGAGUUUGAGUGAUCAACAGCUGUUUUGAUAUUGAAGAGCCAUGUGUGGCAAGUGAUUUUAGGAUAAAUAUAUAUGGAAGGUCCAGCUACUAGUUAGAAGGGAAAAUAACAUGGUUUCUGAAAAGUACCAAUCGGAAUAGGAUAACAAAAAAAUAAUGAUUUGGAAUAGCUCUUAGAAUAAAGUAAGAGUCAUAAAAGAUUAAACAUGGCACAGCUGUAUAUCUACCUACAGCUGGUCUCUAGAGUGUCCAUGGAGAGGACACCUGAUCUCAUGAAGCCGGGCAGUGGUAGCAACAUGCUGUGGGGAUGCUUCUCAGCACCAGUCCAUGGAAAGCUAGUGGAAAUUGAGGGUCAAAGGAAUGCAGCAAAAAGCCUGAAGGAAGGACCUGCCACAACCUACCAGAGCACUGUCACUUGGAAAAUGUUCUUUCCACAUAUCCUUAAAGGCAGUUACACGAGUGGCUUAAAAACAAGUCCUAAAACAGACUAAUGGCUGAAAUUGUUGCCAAACAUGCAUCUAAGAGAUUCUUUUACUUUGACGGACUUGUUUUGAGUGUUAAGAGUCUAGCGAUAAGGUCCAAAGCGUGGGUAAAUACUUUUAUACGCACACUAUCUGCAUUGAACAUACUUUCCCGGUCACAUUCCUUUAGAGCCUUUUGCUCCACAGCACACCAAUAUGGAAACAUAUCCUUUAUUACCAUUAUCAUGAAUAUAUAUGAUAUUCAUGAUAUAAAUAUUUUGUGUAAGGCAAAAGUUGUCUUUUUAAAUGUGAUGAGCACAUCUUAAUCCCAAUGACCAAUACCAUACUAAUAUAUGGUAAUACCAAAUGCAUUAUACUGGGACUGGUAUAAAACUGUGUUU